AAACUUGGUGUCUUGAUGGAUCUGUUUGUUCCCCUCUCGAAUUACCGACAUCAGUAGGAUGCUAUUACGUUCUAAAGCUAGCACAAAACACAAGUCAAUGUGCACAUCGGAUUCGCCGAAUUUAACACGACAUCUGAGUUCAUUUAACAAGUUGGUAUCCUCAAUUGCCUUAUUUAUUAUUUUCUAUUGUAACAAUAUGGUACCUGAACCCGAAACCUCAUGCAUUUGGAUACCGAAAGUGAAUAAUCCUCGAGGUUCUAUGAAAACUCUAUCUAUCUUUUAGCCACAGACGUCCACUGGUGAACAUAGACCUCCACCAAGCUUCGCCACAAAGACCGGUCUUACGUUGUCUGCCUCCAGCGGAUUCCCGCAAACCUCAAUAGGUCGUCGGUCCGUUUUGUGAGAGGCCUACUAGCGCUGUCUUCCGGUAUGCGGUCGACACUAGAGAACUCGGCCACAGCGGAUCUCUCUUCUAUGAGCAAUGUGCCCUACCCACUGUCACUUUAACAUAUGAACACCCAGCAUACGAAAUUGUAUUCCAAGAAUUCCCUUCACCAAAGGAAAGCUUCUACUCGUCGUGGCCUAAAGGAUAAGACGUCCGGUGCGUUCGUAUGUAGCGAUGCACCGGUGUUCGAAUCCCAGGUGGGUACCAAUUUUUGUAAUGAAAUACGUACUUAACAAAUGUUCACGAUUGACUUCCACGGUAAAGGAAUAACAUUGUGUAAUAAAAAUCAAACCUCCAAAAUUAUAAUUUGCGUAAUUACUGGUGGUAGAACCUUUGUUGAAUCCGCACGUGUAGGUACCACCGCCCUGCCUGUUUCUGCCGUGAAGCAGUAAUGCGUUUCGGUUUGAAGGAUGGGGCAGCCGUUGUAAUUAUACUGAGACCUUAGAACUCAUGUUUUAAGGUGGGUGGCUGCAUUUACGUUGUAGAUGUCUAUGGGCUCCGGUAACCACAUAACACCAGGUGAGCUGUGAGCUUGUCCUCCCACCUAUGCAAAAAUAAAUAAAUAAAAAAGCUUCGGCGAAGCACUUAAAGAAAUGCCACAUAAUUGUUAUGGGAAGACCUUUACACCAAAGAAGCGAGGAGGGGAUUUUUUUUCAAGGGAUUUCCCGCAUGUCCACGUAAAAAAAAAUACACCAAAAUAUUAUCAAUGCAAGAUUUUUAAGUAGAUAUCCUUAUGAAUAUUUUUUUAUGUUGAAAGCAUAUUUAACGUACACAAUGUCAGGUUCCUGUCUUCUGUUUAUGUUCAAGUUAGCUUUGUAGAGUGAGAUGUGUUUGUGGACACAGUUGGACAUAAUGAUUGAAAAUACCUAUAGUUUGUGAAAUCGAGAUAACGACGUUAUAAUUUUAAAGCAAAAACUCCUAUUUAUAUUUUAGAAAAGUAACAAGUUGAAUUGAGUUUGUUUUUUUUCUUGUGCCGGGUCGCAAGGGUUAUGUGGGACUUGAUGAUCUGUAGAUGGAGCAGACCGUGGGCCCAAGGAUAUUUUUAAGGCCCUACUGCACUAAGCGACUCCCAUGUACUUUUAAACACAACUAAUUUGCAUAACUAUUUUACUUGAUUAAUAUUGCUUGUCACAAUGUAAUUACAGUAGUCCAGUAAUCCAUUUUUAUUUUACUACUUUUGAUUCGAUUAUCCACGACAUAAUAUAUCUUAUCUAUGUUGUUGAGUAUAAAUAAAGGUACCGAAAGUCGAAUAGGUAUCACAACUGACUUUUCAAUCUGAAUUUCAAUUCACUUCUAUUCUGCAAGAUGAAGUUCGCUCUUUUGUUCGUAUUGACCGCGGUCGUCGCGGUGUCAACUAAUGAAGUGGCUGACCCCAGUUCCACUAACAGAGCUCUCGUCUUGAGCAUUGGAACUAUUGCUUCAAAUGAUAGACUGUUACGUAGCUUCUCCGUCACCCGUGGUGUGACAGCUACCUCGCAGAUUGUCGACUUGAGGUAUACAGCACCCAACAGUAUGCGCAUCAGGGCCAUCCGAGUCCGGCAAGUGGGAGCGUCACAGUUCGCGACUGUCCGCGUUGUGGGGGGCGGUGUCGGCUGGAACACCGUCACUCUUCGGUUCAUAAACUCACCGCGCAGAGGAUUUAACUUUAAUGUACAGAUUUGGGGAUGCUUCGGCUGAUCUGUCCACCCAUCCAAAAGAAAGCAUAUCGUCUUUUCGCAUUGUGCAAGUGUACAAUUUCCAAAAAUAUUCGAAAUUGAUUUAAUAUGCGGAAUCAUUUAGUAUCAAUCACCAGUAUUUUUCUCAUAAGUACUGUCAAAAGAGCGUAGUUUAGUUUUAAUUAUUUUUUUAGUUUACCUAUAUUUGACUACUAUUAACAAAAUUAAUACAUAAUUUUAUCUUACUAUAAAAGAGAGAUAAUGUAACUGGUAAAAAAAAAAAAAAAAAAUGUUGCAAAGAUGAUUAAUAUUAAAAAUAUCAAAUUUUAAACCUUUAAAACGCUUUCCUGCAAAAUUAGUAAGUUUUGAUAUUAUACAGUUUUAAUGCGAGAAGACGAUAUGUUUAUAAGUUUCUGAGUGGGUUUCAAUUUAAAGAAACAAUAUUUUAGUUUGUAAAUGUAUUUGUAUUAUUAAUUAAAAUUUAUUUAAGUGGA